GCCCACUUGAUGCCACUUGGAGCUAUAAAACGUCGUCAUUUUCCCGCAAAUCCUUUUCAUCUUUCCCCCCAACCCCAAUUCAACCUCAAUUCCUUGUGCAAGCACCGCCCCCCACCCCCCCAACCACACGUUGCUUUCUCCUCCAACUCGCGCGAAAUCUCCCAAGAUGACUACUCCAGUUCACUUCAUCGUCGAGUACCCGGGUGGCUCGGGCCCCAUCAACUUCAACCUGUACAGCGCGGACGUCCCCAAGACAGCUGAGAACUUCCGUGCCCUCUGCACUGGCGAGAAAGGCUUCGGCUACGCCGGCUCCAAAUUCCACCGCAUCAUUCCCCAGUUCAUGCUUCAGGGUGGUGACUUCACCCGCGGCAAUGGCACCGGCGGCAAGUCCAUCUACGGCGAGAAGUUCGAGGACGAGAACUUCAAGUACAAGCACACCCGCCCUGGCCUCCUGUCCAUGGCCAACGCCGGCAAGAACACAAACGGCUCGCAGUUCUUCAUCACCACCGUCGUCACCAGCUGGCUGGACGGCAAGCACGUCGUCUUUGGCGAGGUCGCGGACGAGACGUCGAUGCAGCACGUCAAGAACAUUGAGAGUGUCGGCUCCGCUUCCGGUACCCCCAAAGGUACCGUCAAGAUCGUCUCUUGCGGCGAGGGCCACAAAUAAAUGAGUUGACGCUGUGUCAUCGUCGUCAUUGCCGGCCGCAUAUUCCCCUCCCCUUUGGAUGAAUGGGAAAAAAAAGAUAGACGAGCCGGGGGAGGUUCCACUCAAACAAAAAUGAAGUACAACUACAAGAAUUGGGCGGUCACAAAAAAAAAAUUUUUUUUUUCUUUAUCAAGACGUCGGCCAUAGCCGUGAGUGAUUGGCCUUUGGGGACCACAAUGCACGAAUGAAUGACAAGAGCUCAACUUCUCUUCAUGCUGCCGAAACCUUUGUUUUCUUUCCUAUUCUCCCUUUUCUUGACCCGCGCACAUUUGCGCAAAUGCGCUUCCGUAGCAUGAAGACAAAGCUCCGUUUGUUAAGCUGUGUGAACCCGCCAUCCCGCCUGUUACUCGAGAAACGCCUUCGUGUG